UAUCAAUGUCUCAACACUGUGUACAGUUCAGCCGUCCUCUCGAAAGAUCCUUAUUUCUGCAUUACUGCAAAGACAGUGACAGGUUGUGGGAUGUGAGCUGUAACUCCAUCAGUGAGAGUGUGACUGUGGCUCUUGAUCAGGUCUCAACCCAUAGACCCCAAAUCGCACAAACUAGUUACCUGGUGAUCCAUGGGGUAGGACUCACCCAGAACAGCCUGAAGGACUGGCUCAGACAGUGUGCUAAACAGAAAGUACCAAAGAAAGCAAUGAAGACCAGGCGUAAUCUUACGCCACAUGAGAUCAGAAAUAUCCAUAUGAAGAGGCACCUGGAGCCACUCCCUUCUGGUUACUUCUAUAACGGCCAUCAGUUUGUCAGUUUCUUUGGAGACAAGCAGAACUUCCAUCCUUUAAUGGACCAAUUUGUAGAGGAAUAUCUGCAGGAGGCCAAUAAGGAGAUUGAGCGCUUUAACAGUGAAGUGGACCUGUAUGCUCCCAGGGAUCUCUUUGACUAGAGUUCUUCCUCUGGUCCUGUUCACACCAGGAU